GCCUCCCCUUGCGGGAUGAACAGACCCGCGGCCGCCGCGGGGCCCCAUGGAGGAGCAGCGGCCGCCGCCGCCGGCCCGCCCAGCAGCGAGCAUGGCCUUACCGGGCAGCCCGCACCCCGGCGCCCCCUCCGCGGCCGGCGCGCCUGGCGGGACUUCCUCUGCGGCGACCGCGGCCGCGCUCUCUUUCAGCACCGUAGCGACGGCGGCGGCCGAGGCGCUGGGGAACCGGAGCAACGCGAGCGGAGGCGGCAGCGCUGUCGCCACGGGGGGCGGCGGCCUCGGCGCGGCGGGGGCGGCGGGGUCCGCGCGGGCGGCGGGGGCGGCGGGGAGGCCGCCGCUGGGGCCGGAGGCGGCGCCGCUGCUGUCGCACGGGGCGGCCGUGGCGGCCCAGGCGCUGGUCCUCCUCUCCAUCUUCCUGCUGUCUAGCCUGGGCAACUGCGCGGUGAUGGGGGUGAUCGUGAAGCACCGGCAGCUCCGUACCGUCACCAACGCCUUCAUUCUGUCGCUGUCCCUGUCGGAUCUGCUCACGGCACUGCUCUGCCUGCCCGCCGCCUUCCUGGACCUCUUCGCGCCGCCCGGGGGCUCCGCGCCCGCAGCCGCUGCUGGGCCCUGGCGCGGCUUCUGCGCCGCCAGCCGCUUCUUCAGCUCGUGCUUCGGCAUCGUGUCCACGCUCAGCGUGGCCCUCAUCUCGCUGGACCGCUACUGCGCCAUCGUGCGGCCGCCCCAGGAGAAGAUCGGCCGCCGCCGCGCGCUGCAGCUGCUGGCGGGCGCCUGGCUGGCCGCGCUGGGCUUCUCCCUGCCCUGGGAGCUGCUCGGGGCGCCCCGGGAGUCCCCAGCGGCGCAGAGCUUCCACGGCUGCCUCUACCGGACCUCCCCGGACCCCGCGCAGCUGGGCGCGGCCUACAGCGUGGGGCUGGUGGUGGCCUGCUACCUGCUGCCCUUCCUGCUCAUGUGCUUCUGCCACUACCACAUCUGCAAGACGGUGCGACUGUCGGACGUGCGCGUGCGGCCCGUGACCACCUAUGCGCGCGUGCUGCGCUUCUUCAGUGAGGUGCGAACCGCCACCACCGUGCUUAUCAUGAUCGUCUUCGUCAUCUGCUGCUGGGGACCCUACUGCUUCCUGGUACUGCUGGCUGCGACCCGGCAGGCCCAGGCCACGCAGGCCCCCUCGCUCCUCAACGUGGUGGCUGUCUGGUUGACCUGGGCCAAUGGGGCCAUCAACCCUGUCAUCUAUGCCAUCCGCAACCCCAACAUUUCGAUGCUCCUAGGGCGCAGCCGCGAAGAGGGCUACCGGACUAGGAAUGUGGACGCUUUCCUGCCCAGCCAGGGCCCGGGUCUGCAAGCCAGAAGCCGAAAUCGCCUCCGGAACCGCUAUGCCAACCGGCUGGGCGCCUGCAGCAGGAUAUCCUCUUCCAACCCAGCCAGUGGGGCGGGAGGGGAUUUGGCCAUGUGGGCCCACAAAAAUCCAGUUGUACUUUUCUUUCGGGAGAGGCCACCAGAGCCUGUGACAGCAGUGGCCAAACAGCCUAAAUCUGAAGCCGGGGAUACCAGCCUCUGAGGCAGGAUGGUAUGGACAGCUUGUGAAGGCAAAUUUCCACUCGCUUCAUUUAAUGAUACAGGAUUCCUAGGAGAAUCGUGGGAUUUCAUAAAGCCAAACAUUUAAAACUAAAGAGUCGGGGGGAGGGUCACCACUUCCCCCAAACAACGUAAAAGACAAUGUCCAUUUCUUCAAAAGUGCCAAAAGGAAUGUAAAAUGCAAAAAUUAAAACAAUCUUAAACCACA